AACAGGGACUUUGCACUUCCCUUUUGGGGAAGUAGGAAUGACCCCUUAUGAUUUCAGUGUUAUCACGGGGUUGCGGAUUGGGGGGAAGCCUAUCCCAUACAAUGCCGGUGUUCACCGAUCAGAGGAUGAUCUUCUUAAGGCUUUGGGCAGUCGCCCUCCGGUUAUUCGUGGUUCAGUUUCAUGCUCCUGGCUCUUUGAGAAUUUCCACAAUGUUGUUUGCAACACUGAUAGAGAUCGAGAGUGCCAUACUCGGGCUUUCAUCCUCUACCUCUUUGGAUGCACUAUGUUUGGCACCUUAGAUUGCAAGGUGAAUUUGAACUCCCUCCCAGCUCUUGAGGAUGUUGACAGAAUCGGAGAAUAUGACUGGGGCGGUGCAGCCUAUGCUGCUCUAUGCACCCACAUGAACAGUGUGUCACGGGGUAAGGCCCACAGGCUAGGCGGCCUUUGGAAAGUCUGGGAGAUUUGGAGCUACGAGUACUUCAGUCUACUGGCUCCCUCCUUAAAGGUUGAUGAUUCUAUGGCUUUUCCCCGAUCUUUAAGAUGGUGGGGUGGUUCUGAAUUUGAGAUGUGUCCCAAACAUAGGAUGGUUGACUUGAAGAAUUUUCGGGAAGCAAUCAACAAUCUCACAAUUGAGAUGGUCAACUGGAAUCCAUGGGGUGAGAUUGAGCCAACUCUGCCUCCAGAGAUCCGCCAUGCCAAGGAACUGUCACGUCGGAGGAUUUUGUUUGAAGGCCCUUCUGGCCAAUUUUGGUUCCUGGGAGAAAGACUCUCCAUGCAGACGCUGGGUUCUCCUCAACCUAUGGUUCCACUCCCUCCUCCCAUGUCUAUGAGGUUGACUGCUUCUUUCUCCGCAGAAGAGCUAGAGGGAUGUUUUAAAGGAUUUCCAGCAGAGAGAUUCAUUGAUCACUCUGGCAACUACGAUGACUUUUGUGCCUCCUUUCUUAUGCCUCCAUUUAGAAACAGUGUACCUUUGGUGGACCAAGAUGUUCGAAGCCAAGGAGAAACUUCAAAAGAGGGACUGCAAAUCCUUCCAGGUGAUAUUCAGAUCCCUAAUCGUCCAUCGUGGAAUGUAUACUUGCCAAAUGAAGAUGGGAUUUUGGAACAAGUGGAAGUUCCUCGGGUCAGCUAUGGGGAAGGGCUCCCCCUACCUCCUCAUGUCCACCUGGCAUACCGCCCACACCUAGAGGAAGCUUACCAGCUCAUCAGUGGGCUCAAACACUUGGUGUUGGUUUUAAAGACUGAGGCUCAAUUUCAAGCACAGGCCAACCGCAAGCUACAGGCUAAAGAGGGAUACUUGUAUGAACAGAUUGCUGAUUUGAAAGCACAGUUAAGGGACAGGGGAAUUGGUCAGCAGCAGGAUGUUAGAUCUUCAUUCUAUCGCCCGUAUUUUCCUAUGCCUCAAGAAACAUGCUGUCCAGGGACUCCCACACCUCUGCCUCCACAUAAAAUUGUUUCUACACAUUUGGAAGAACGAUUGAAUGAGCCAACUGGUACAGAUGCUUUGGUUCGCCCUGGUACCCUAACUCAGCAACCCAUUGGCAGUCCUUCAUAUCCCAGUUCCUCUGCAAGUCAACCUAAGAGACCAGCCCAACAGCGGCAGGCUCUGGCAGACUACUGGAGUACGUUUUGGUACCAACUCUGUGGCUAGAUGGAUCAAGGCUGAGCAACAUUGUGAGCAAGAUGCUGCUCGAAAUGGGAUGGUGAGCACAACCAUGGGCAAUAAGAAAGCCAGAGUUUAGAUUCUAAAGCAAUUUCUUCACACUGUUGUUCCUUUUCUUUGUAGUAAGAAUUCUGACUUUAGUGAGCCAUUCUUUUUAAAUGAAAACAUGGGUAACCUUUUUUUUGUUUA